UUACAUGGCUGUUUCACUCAGCAUCUCCUUGCCAUUCGCAGGAUAUGCGUGACACACCGAGGUUUAUACCCGCAAAGACGCCUUCAAAGCAGCUAAAACUCGCUAAAAACCGCCACACAAGACGAUGGCCAUCGAGUAUUGCAUGAGAUGCAAGCUCUAGUGUUUAACGCCAGAUCCGCAUUGCCACAAGGUUGCCAGCCUUACUAUGGUUUGUUCCUCGCCCACCGGUUUCGAGGGAGAAACAUGGCUGGGUUGUUUGUUGGGACCGGGCACGCCUUGAGUCUAAGAUAUGACUAGGCCUGAUGUUGCCAUGGAGAUUGCCCGUUCGGUAGGCCCUUCUAUCAAUGUCGAAGAAGGAUGUCUUCUGAAAGAUUACGUCGACAUUGAAAUCGUGCCUACACAGAAUGAUGAAGCUCAUACUUGUCAAUCCUGUCGUCAGGGAAAAUAUGGAGUAAAGCCACGACGGUCAUCGCACCGGUGCUCGCUAACCUUGCGAGCUACGUGGAUUAUGGGAGGAAUGGACAAGAAGCGCGCCCAUCAUUAUAAGCGCGCCGGUGCAGGUAUCGAUAAGGUUCCAACUGCAAGGAUAUGGUCGGGUACAGUGGAACAUAACAUCUGGAUGAUGUCUGCACCGUGAGCUGGGUUUCAGUCUGGUAUGCGGAAUCAAGCGGAAGAGGACAGGAACUGGACUGAACUUUGCCUAUAAACAUUUCGGUUUACAACAUGACGCUUGACCCAUAUGAGAGAUUUGUUCUCGAACUCCUCAUUG